GAAAUAUGGAUUUUAAAAUUUUUGCCUGAAUAGAUAUAAUUUCUUACAUUUUCUAUAUAUAUAAAAUGAAAGAAAUUUAUAGACCUUGAUGUUUAAAAAAUUACUAUACAAUAUUGUACUUUUUCUUAAAUACAUUUUCUUAAAUUCAUUUGAAAUUAAUCGAAUGUAACAAAUUUUUGACAUAACAUAAUAAAUAAUCAGUCGUCAGCCCUCGCACAUUUUUUCCAACCCUAACUUGGCCUGCCAAUUCACAUUGCAUUGCAAGCCCUGUUCUCUCGCUCUCAUCGCAGUCACUGUGUGUGUGCGGAACACUCGUUUGGCGUAUUCGGAACUGUUUGCGUUUCGUUUUCAGCUGCCGCGCGUGUUGUUGUGUUGUGCGUUGUAUUUGCUGCACGAUUCUCGUUCGUCGGUCUCUAAAUUCGGGUCGAAAACUAUCGAAAAGGAAGCGGGUGGCCAUGAGCAAAGGCAAUGCGGACGUGUUGCUGCUGCGGGCUGUGGCCAAGCAGCCAGCGCUGUAUGAUCGCACAGCUGAAAAUUACAGGAAGCGCCUUCCCUGCGAGAAUUCCUGGGACAUCGUGGCCUCGGAAACAGGAGAGUCGGUUAAUAAUUGCAAGCGGCAGUGGCGCCAGAUGCGAAAUAGCUACACACGGUUUGUGAACUUAAGUGCCCAACGGAAGCGGAACGGACAGCGACGCCUCUCGUAUCCCCUUGCGGAGGAGCUGAAGUUUCUGGACCCCCACCUGCAUCUGGCUGAGGACGACAGUCGCAGCGAGUCGGAUAGGGACAAGGACAGCAAUCGGGACAGCUCAAGCAGGGACAUCUCACUAGAUCAGUCUCUAAAAGCGAGUGUCAUAACUGCCGACAAGGCACCUGAGACUCCGGGGAUAAGUGAAGAUCACAAGAAGGACAUCCCUCUGACCGAAAAAGUCGUUGGCGAGGACCAGGAAACCAGAUCAGGACCUGCGAUAGAACAUUCCCGGGAAGAGGUUUCGGAAAAACCAGUAAACGUCACCGAAUCUGACACAGCUCUUAAUUCGGAAACCGAAGCUGAAGUGAAUGUGGAAGAGAAUCCCGAGGAGGAGUUGACUGGAUUUGGUUUCGAAUCGACCCUAUCUUUCCAGGAACAACAGACUGUAACCUCGGAGAAGCCAUCUGAAGGCGAUUCAGUCGAGUCUCCGCGCAGCCAGUCCGAAUUUUUUAUCAAGAAGAACAACGACUCCCACUUGCUCAUCAUAGGUAAGAAAAGGGCACCCAUUGCGAUGGGCGAUUCGCGGGAUCCCCUGGACGAGAGUGAUGACGAUUUGGAGACCAUCCCUUCUCCCAGUCGACGGGCUGGUCGUCGUCCUCUCCGGGCUUCGAUGAGCAUUAAGGACAUGCCGAUCCACAGGUCGGAACUGGGCCAGCGGCUCACCCGCCUGCAGCGCCGCAAAUCGCUGAGCAUGGCCGCUUUCCAGCGAGCCAGGAGUUCCACGUCCCCAGUCAAGUUGUCGCAGGUGCCUAGGAGCUCUCUGCCCAACAAACAGGGCCAGGUGAUGGUGAAGACGAUCGCCAGCUCGCGGGACGACAUAUUCCCCCGGCCGGAGCCCAUGGACAAGGCAAACGCGGCCAAUGCCCAACAAAAGCGGAGCGUGGGCAGGCCCAAGAAGCCGUUGCAGCCGAUGAUCCAAAGAAUGAAGGAGUUGAUAGCCCAGCGUGAGUCCCCGACCCCGAAGUCUCCGGGCCAGUCGUCCAUGUCGGUCCAACAGAAGUCGGCCAUGGCCUCCAAAACCAACACCAGCACUCCCAGUAAUACGUCGACCAGCAACACGGUUACCAGGAAGUCGCCCGAAAAUAUAACCAUGGUGACCUUUAGUCCCAUAACCCCUAGCAGCGCCACUGGAACUCCCACUGGCGGUCAGGCCGGAACAGUGGGGACUCCGUUGAUCGCGGCCAAUUCCACAUCCUCACCCAUUUCAGUCCAGCCCUACAAGACCCUAACGAAGCGUUGCGAACGCAGCUCUCAAACGGAAAGCCCCAGUCUUAACACUGACGAGCAGUUCCUCGAGAUGAUCAAGCCCCAAAUGAUGGAAAUGAAUCCUCGCCAAAAGAUGAUGUUCAAGAAGAAGGUGUUUCAGUCGCUCAUGGAGACCUUCGAUGAUGCCACCGACUUUCCAGAGGCCGGGGAACUCCAGCACUUCAACAUCAACACUCCGUCGGGCUAUGAGCAAGUUUCGGAUCCGGAGCUGCGGCUGGUAAGGGAGCUGGUUAGCCUGGUAAGUGCGGCAAAGGUGACGCCUAGGCAGCCCUCACCUCGAGAGCCAUCUCCCAGCGCAUCCAUAACCAAUGGAAAGCCGGCGGCACCAGAUACGACGCGCCAGCCGCGGGUAGUGCCGCGCCAUAUGAUCCAGAGGGUCUACAAGCCGGGAUCGGCCGUGGAGGUGACCACUCCCGUCAUGAACGGUCCGGGGCAUGAGAAAAAGCUUUUCCGCAUCCUCCAGAUGAAUGGAAAGCCGAAUGGUUUGGUGAGCGCCUCGUUGGAGGAUCUGCGGGCCAAGGACUCGGCAGAAAGCGGUACAUCCGGGUCCAUCAAGCUGGUGCAUCCCCCGGUCGUCAGUCCCCGUACGUCCACUAUUGUGGCGGCUGUUAGGCCCCAAGGAUCCUCGAUGAACACCUUGUUCGGCCAGCACAGUGCUGCGGCCAUUAAGGCUGCCCAUCCAAAGCUUCGCAUGUCCCGCCGCUACUCCGUUUGUGGAUCGGGCAACCCUCCUCCAGGGCCACCUAUUGGCCCGAUGCCCGCCAAUGCCGGAGCCCUCAACUCCAACCUAAAUCCGAUGGAGGCCGCCAUGCUGAAGCGUCGGCUCAUAGCUCCCACCCAGGGAAUGGUGCCGCCCUUGCAGAGGCCCCGCUACUCCACAGGAGGCGGUGGACAACUGGUGGCCUCACCCAAUGGCAACAGCUUGCUGGUCCGCAAGCCUGUAGCCGGAAGUGUGACCGGCAUUAACAAGCAGCUCUCGCCCGUCGGCGGAUCGUCGGUUCCGACCAAGACUCCACAGAUCACCAACGUCCAGGGCAGCGCCUUCAACGACUUUGUGCAGCCGGCCAGCAAGGCUAGCACUGGACCAUCCGCAUCUUCGAGUUCGGGCCUGGGAGAGGCCAGCUCUGCGAAGGCAGCCAUUAAACGGGUGGUUGUCGGCAACAAAACGGUCUCUGCGCCGACCGAGCAGGAACCCAAUUCGCGCCAGGGCCGAAGUGAUUCGACAGAGACGGCGGCCACCAUUGCUGCCGAUGAUUUCUCCCUAACCAGCCUCAAACGGGAGCCGCUGGAUCACAUGGAUGACCAGGACAUUCUGGGCAUGUAAAGAGAUGCCCAUCCUUAAAUAUAUACACGAAUCUUAAAGAUCUAAGAAACUAUAAAUAUUGCGUUACAUUUUUAUUUGUAAUUCUCUAAAGAAUUAAACUAAAAAUACACACUGUUGAGGGCGGAAUUACCCAUUUCAUAGAGGAUAGAGAAGUUAUGAUACUUUUCGACAUGAUAUAUUGAAAAUACAGAAUUUUUUUAUAUUCCUAUUAUAACCAAAAUAUUGUUAAUAGAAAUUGUAUCUUCAUUUCAUUUAGUUUUAAGCCACUUAAUAUAGAAACAUAUUUUCAAAUACAUUUUUUGAACAUACUAGUUAUUCAAUUUAAAAUAAAAAAUAAAAUGAAUAAUAAACUACAUUUAUUCGAAUGAUGAAUCAGA